AUGACGAGAACACACGAGUGGGUGCCGCGCCAGCUGGUCAAGCGCACGCUGCGACACCCAUGCACACGCGAGAUCCUCGAUGAGGCACUGCUUGCCUACUUCCCGCCGGGCCAGUCGUUCUCCGGCGACGCCACGCUCGAGCUGCAUCUGCACGGGAGUCCAGCGGUCGUGCGCGAUGUGCUAGCGGCACUGACCGAUGCACGGGCGCUUUUCGGCUCUCCCCUGCGCCCGGCGAUGCCCGGCGAGUUUACACGACGCGCGUUUGAGCAGGGCCGCCUGGACCUGACCGCCUGCGAGGCGCUGGACGCCUUGCUCCACGCUGAGACAUCGGCCCAGCGGCGACUGGCGCAGCAGGCGGGCGGCGGGCGGCAAGCGCAACUCUAUGAAGACCUGCGCACAAAGCUGCUCCGCAGUAUGGCGCACCUCGAGGCCAUGCUGGACUUUAGCGACGAAGACGACAUUGACGCGCGCUUAUGGGACAGUGUGCGGGCCCAGGUGGCCGACCUGCGAGCGUACCUCGCCAAGGAGCUGCAGCUGGACGUGCCUGCAGCGCAGCGCAGCUACGUCGAUGCGGCUCAGCAUGGCGUGCGCGUCGCGCUGUAUGGCCGGCCGAACGUCGGCAAAUCGUCGCUGCUCAACCAGCUCGUGCGCCGCGACGCCGCGAUUGUGUCGUCGCACCCAGGGACCACGCGCGAUAUCAUUGAGGUCAGUAUGGAGCUCGGCGGCUUCCGAGUCACGCUGGCUGACACGGCCGGCCUCCGCGAGACGCACGACGAGGUUGAGCAGCUGGGCAUGCAGCGCACGCACAUGUACGUCGAUGCAGCCGAUCUGGCCGUGCUCGUUUGCACGCCGGACGACUGGACAUCGCUGCCGCCGGCCGGGCCCACGUUUCUUACGCCGCACGAGGUCGAGCGCCUCGGACUGCGGCGUGCGUCCAGCGCCUGGGCCGGCGUGCCUGACCUGAUCCUCAUUAACAAGAUGGACACGGCGCCGCCGGCGCCGCUCCCCACCCGCCACGCAGGCCAUCCGUGCUACGUGUGGCACGCAAGUGUGGCGCACGCGCGGGGCAUCGACCAGGUCCUGGAGGAUCUUGGCGCGUGGGUGACGCAGCGGUACGCGACUGAGGCGCGCGAGACACCGCUCGUGACACAGGCGCGCCAUCGGCACCUGCUGCUGGACGUCGUGACGUGCCUGGACACCUUUCUAGCCAUGCCGACCGACGCCGACAUCGUGGUGGCCGCGGAGGAGCUGCGUCGCGCCGCACAGCUGCUGGGCGAGAUUACAGGCCACACGCUCUCGUCCCACGAUGUGCUGGGCGAGAUCUUUGCGCGGUUCUGCAUCGGCAAGUAG